GAUAAAGUGCCAAGAGAGGUUAUGUGGAGAUGCUUGGAGGCUAAAGGUGUACCUGUGGAGUACAUUAGAGCGAUCAAGGAUAUGUAUCAUGGAGCCAAGACUAGGGUAAGGACUAUAGGAGGAGACUCGGAGCACUUUCCAGUUCUGAUGGGUUUGCAUCAGGGAUCAGCUCUUAGCCCAUUUUUAUUUGCCUUGGUGAUGGAUGGAUUGACGCGACAAAUUCAAGGUGAGGUGCCAUGGUGUAUGUUGUUCGCAGAUGACAUAGUCUUGAUUGACGAGACUCGUAGUGGAGUUAACUCUAAGCUAGAGGAUUGGAGACAGACGUUAGAGUCUAAAGGAUUCAAGUUGAGUAGGACCAAGACAGAGUACUUGGAGUGCAGGUUCAGUGGCGUACCUCAGGAGGCUGACGUGGAAGUGAAGCUUGGUACCCAGGUCAUUCAAAAGAAAGGAAGUUUCAAGUAUCUUGGGUCUAUUUUACAAGGAAAUGGGGCUAUUGAUGAUGAUGUCACACAUCGUAUUAGUGCAGGAUGGUUGAAAUGGAGACUCGCUUCCGGAGUGUUAUGUGACAAGAAAGUGCCACAAAAAAUUAAGGGCAAGUUUUACAAAGUGGUGGUUAAACCGACUCUGUUGUACGGGGCAGAGUGUUGGCCGGUCAAGAACUCUCACGUGCAGAAGAUGAAAGUCGCGGAAAUGAGAAUGCUACGGUGGAUGUGUGGGCACACUAGAGAUAGGAUCGGGGAAUGAGGACAUCGGGACAAGGUAGGAGUGGCAUCGGUGGAGGACAAGAUGCGGGAAGCGAGGCUGAGAUGGUUUGGGCAUGUGAAGAGGAGAGACAUAGAUGCCCCAAUGCGGAGGUGUGAGAGGUUGGCUAUGGACGGUUUUAGGAGAGGUAGAGGAAGGCCAAAGAAAUAUUGGGGAGAGGUGAUUAGGCAGGACAUGGCGCAGUUUCAGAUUACCGAGGACAUGAACUUAGAUAUGAGGUUGUGGAGGGCUCAGAUUAGAAUACAAGGCUAGUAGGUAGUCUCGCUUUUCUGUCGCACUAGUAGGCGUAGUUUUGCUCUAUUUAUUAUUGCCCUUUGAUUCUUGCUUUUAUGUGUUGGGUCUUGUCUUUCCAUGCUGUUUUAUCAUGACUUCUUUGCUCUUGUUAUUUCUUAUUUUCGCAUUGCUUUGAUUUGUUUGUCGAUACCUGACUUUCUUCCCUUAUUUUCUUUUGAGCCGAGGGUCUUUCGGAAACAGCCUCCCCACCUUCCAAGGUGGGGGUAAGGUCUAUGUACACUUAACCCUCCCCAGACCCCACACUGUGAGACUCAACUAGGU